GCCAAUUUGCCGCCCACCGCCCCAAGACACACACAGAGUCGCCGUUCACCGCCCCACCAUAGGGUCACCCUUUUAUAUCUUCCUGGGAUUGCAGAUGUCACUCCUCUUCUCCAACUCCUCUCCGCCAAACCAAGGUGACUAAAAUACUACUUGUGCCCCAUGUUAAUCUCUUCAGGUUAUUAUUGAACUUCCUUGCCUCUUUCCGUCUCUCUCCAAUUCCCCCACGAACGUUGAAUGCUAUUCGCCAUUCUCGCGGCCCACUGCCCCACGAUGAGAGCUUAUUCACCGCCCACCUCUCAUAUUUUCAUUCUCUUUCCGAUACAUCUUUGUCCUUCAAUUUCCAGAAAUGAUUUGGAGGAUUUGAAGUCCUUAGAAGGUAAUUUAGAAUGCGCUUGUGAGUUGUGCCCAUUUGGUGCCCAAAUGAAGGGUAUAAAUAAGCUAUUUGUUGAGCUGUAAUGUAGCUAAAGCUAUUGUUUUUUUACAAAUCCGAGGUUCAUGUUACGUUGUUUGUAAUAUUUAGAUGUAUGAAUUUGUCAGAUAAAAGGGGUUUUCUUCAACAGAUGUUAUACCCGAGUAAUAUUUAGGACUUUUUACUGCCUAUUUUAAGGGAUUUUAGGAGUAAGAUUUCCAUGUUUGGUCUAUCACAGUAGCACUGAUGAUGGAAAAAAAAGGCAAAUAUAGCUAAGGUAGAUAGUCUUAUUUCUUCCUUUUUUGGCUUCUUAUCGUUGGGAUCUUCGCAUGUAGUAGUGACCUCUACCUGAGUACUUGCGGUUGUUGAUGCCGGGUAGAUGGGCAUUAAAGAUAGCAACCAUAGUCAUAGAAUUGUAAAUGUAAAUUUUAAGAAACAAGCCAAAGGUAAAUCAAGUCCAAACCAUCCCAAAUGGCCUAAAAUUCACUACAAAGGACCAUUGUGCAAACUAUUCAUAAUGACCUCUUUUGCAAACACUUCGAUCUUAGACAAUUCUGCUAUAACAUUGUAGGUUGCACUGCUGAACAGUGACAAAAUACUGUUCGUGUUCUUUGUUGGUCUCAUCAAGUUUUUGUUCAACUUCCUUGGGAACUGCACAAGGCUGCAUUCCGGGCUUAAGUUCAUUUGAAUAGUCGUAUCAACACCCCGUGCUAACGAGUGAGCAAGAGCAUUAGAAAAAAACAAACAAAAAAAAAAGAAAUAUAACCAAGCCGAGACAUAAGAAGGAGGCACCCGUCAAUGAUCGAACCAAAAUAAGAAGAAGAAGUCGACUCCACCUGAAGGGCUUGCACAAACACAAGCAAUCAGAACACACCCCAACAUCACGAGUGCCCUUCUUCUUAAGCUAAGAAAGCGCCAUACGUUAUAGCUUCCGCUAAGAGAGGAUCAUGGAGACAACUCAACCACCCAAUGGUGCUUUUUUACUAUUGUCAUUUUGAAUAGGCACAAAAUUGCACCAUAUGUAUAACAUUUGUAUCGAGAGCUCUAAACAUUAGCCGUAUGUAAACCUUAGAGUAUAUAGAUUGCUAUGGCACUUAU